AUGUCGCAGGUUCGGCGGCACGGACAAGGGACCGACCACCAUCACCACCAUCACUACCAAUAUCAACCAUACAGUCUCCCAAUCCAGCCUCCUCCGAGUUCUCCUCUUCCUCCUCCUCCCCUUUCUCCUACUACUGCUAGAAAUCCUCAUUCAACCUCUCCGCAUUCUCCUUCUUCUUCGUCUCCGUCUCCGUCCUCUUCUUCAUUCCCUCUUAAUGGGAGUUUAAUCCCUCGCGAUUACUUAGGGUCUCGAUCUGACCAGCAGCAAAUUUCUCGUGCCGCUGCUGCCGUGGUUGCUCCCCGCAGAACGACUCCAUCCCCAUCUCCCUUGCAGACAGGUGCCCAUUCUCAGUUACCCCGUCUAGACGAGUUAGGCGCAUCGCAAAGCCCGUUGUCACCACGGACAUCUGCGGCUACUUCGACAUUUCAAAGCCGCUCUCCGGUCGGCCAUUUAUCUCAUGCCGCGUUCCCGACGCCUCCAUCAAGCGCCGGCCACAACUUUUACAGCAGCCAGAUUGAAACGGCAGACAAGAAACCGUUGAAUGGACAUCACCAACAUGAUAGAGAUAUGACCGAGGAAAAAGUGAACCAGACGACUCCGCGCAAACCCUCGGACACUACGGACUCGAAUCAAUCAACGACCUCCUCCCCCAUAUCUGGUAUUAGUUCGUUGCACUCCAUGGCUGGCGAUCGCUCGGGACAGCGGGUUAUGCCCCGCACGUCGUCAAUCGACUCUGCGAUCUCCUCGCUUUCCUCGGCGUCCCAGUCUCAUAGAUCCACCUUCGACGCCAAUUCAGUGAGCCAGGCGGACAUCGGGAACCUGAUUUCUACCGCCGGAUCAGCCGAAGCUGUCAUUAUACACCUCCUCAAAGAGAAACAUCACGCUGCCUCACAAAACUCGCAGCUUUGGAGAUUGGUCGAUAAGCAACGGACCCUCAUUCUUGGUCUGAACAAAGAUCUUGAGCGAGCAUUGAAGGAGAAAGAAAAGUACAAGACAAAAGCGAAAGAAUUGCAGACGCCAUUGCCGUUGAACAGCAACAAUUACACAAUACAAUCCCGAGGUACUGAAAGGGAUCCUGUAGGUACCCAAGAUCAGGACCGUCAGGCGCAAAAUCAACCGGAACCCUCGAGAAACACAGGGGGUUACAACCAAGGGAACUUCAAUAACCAGAAUGUGUCUACAACGAACGAUUCGCCUGUCGAGUCUCACGGAAAAGAGGACCAAGGUCGCGAAUCCCAAAAAUCGCAAGCACCCAUGUACUCACGGCGCGAACUCUCAGCGGCCAGUCCGAAUUCGUUUGCGAGCUCCAACGAUUCGUCGCUCAGUGAAAAGCCAAUACAAGAGAAAAUUCCGCACCCAAUACGAAAGCCUCCGCCCGCACCGCUAAAACUUGGAAAAAUGGGGGGCACAAUCAAAGAGCAUCCCGAAUCUGACUCGGAAUCGGAAUAUGAGGAUAUUGACGCAGUGGAUGAGAUGGACCGCGGGAGAAGGAAGACGAGGGACGAUGAUGAUAGAGAGCGUGAAGCGGCGCAUGCGAAAGAAGAUGCGCAACCUUCCAAGCUGGCGCAACCUUCAGGCGGCCAGCCCAUGCCAGUCGGCCUUCCGUCAAGCCCACGGCCGAUGGCUACACAAUCACCACCACCAAUUGAACGCUCUGGAUCACUGGCCUCCAUUCUAAGCCCUCGCAUGGCGCAUACGGGGUCUCUAAAAGAACGCUCCUUUUUGUCAUCGGCACCAAAGAGUCCAGGUUUGCCUGUCAGUCCAAGACCAGAGGACCGUCCCAUCGGCGCUCCGUUGCCACGAAUGCCCCGAGAAUUGCCAAACGGUUUGACGCCUGUGUCAAUACCAUCGAGCAAUAACAACCUUUCGGGGUUGGCUCUCUCACCUCGAGCAACCAGAAAUCCAAAUCCAUUUGCUGCACCAGGGAAUUUCAUGCCUUCUGGUACCGCAGCGAACAUCGGUCCGCCUAUACCUUUGAUUGACGCGGCGGUUAAGAUAGACAGUCCCCGAUCACCGGACCCAAGCGCCAAUGGUAUCUAUCAAGGAUUGGUUUCUGAUGAGUACCCUGACCUUCUUUUAUCGCCAAAUGCCCUGCCUUUGAUUGAGGUGAAGGUUGCAUCUUCCAGGCUCCGGCCUUCUAGGAAUAGCUACAUGGCACCGAGGCCAUCUGAAGAAGAGCCAGUUUUUACCUUGAGUAUCUUCUCGCGCUCAGACAGCAUGGAGCUUUGGCGCGUUGAGAAGGUCAUUGCAGCACUGCCCCAGCUGGAUCAGCAAGUCCGGCAACUGUGUUCUUUCGCAGGAAAACUGCCUGACCGGAGCAUAUUUACCGGACACUCACCCGCCAAGAUCGAUGCACGACGGGCAGCUCUAACUUCCUACUUUGAUACUCUCCUUGAUACUCCGAUGGAUGAAAAGGCCGCUUUGGUCAUUUGCCAAUUUCUCACUUCUGAUGCUAUCGAGGCCCGGGACGAUGAGACGAGCUUACUGAAAAGUAGCAAUCAGAUGAAAGCCGAGAUUCUACGUGGUCCAGAUGGGAAGCCCAGGAAAGAAGGAUACCUGACAAAGAGAGGAAAGAAUUUCGGCGGGUGGAAGGCAAGAUACUUCGUCCUGCAUGGCCCUGAACUCAGAUACUUCGAAGCUCCUGGCGGUGCGCAUUUAGGCAUUAUCAAAAUUCCCAAUGCGCAGAUAGGCAAACAAUCGCAGAACACUAGCGCUCAAAGCGUCUCUCCCCCUGACGAUGACUCCGACAAUCAAUACCGCCAUGCCUUCCUUAUUCUGGAGCCAAAAAAGAAAGACUCCUCAGCCCUUGUUCGACACGUUUUGUGCGCUGAAAGCGACGAAGACAGGGAUGCCUGGGUCGAGGCAUUACUGGAAUACGUUGAAGGACCUGCAGCAGAAUACGAGAGCGCCAAUGCUACGAACACGAAGAGUCAGCCUCAAACGCCAACAGCCGAUGCAGGUCCAAAGUCGGCGAAGAUGUUCCCCAAUGGGGAUAAGAAGAACAGCAAAGUAUCUGACGGUCCGGAUUCAGAUGGUCCCGACACAGUGCAAGGGUUCAGCUUCGAUGAUGCUGUUCCUGCCGAACCGCCAGUCCUCGGGUCAAAUUUUGAAAAACCCACACCCAAAUCUCCACUGUUCCCGUCUAGUACAUGGGGCCCCUCGGCGGAUGCAAACCAAACAGCCAACGCUACAUUGGAGAAUGGACAGCUUUCAUCGAAAAUCAUAUCAGGACCGACAAACGGCGCUGUGAUCCAAAAUGCAGGCGCUUGGGGCAACAGAGCUGCCAACGCCACUGCCAUCAAGGAGAAGAAGCGCAGUAUAUGGGGCUUUGGAAAGACGAGAUCGUCGAUGGACAUUGCCUCGCAACUUCAGCAAGCCGAUCGCGAAUCUCCUACAUCACAGACUCAGGGAAAUGCUUUUGUUGACAGGAAGGACUUCGUCAGGCCUGUUUUUGGUAUCCCGUUAGCAGAAGCAGUGCAGUACUGUGCACCGCAAGGGGUUGACGUAGAGUUGCCUGCUGUGGUCUAUCGCUGCAUUGAAUACCUGCAAGCCAAAGGAGCAUCAUCCGAAGAGGGUAUCUUCCGACUAAGCGGUUCCAAUGUUGUCAUUAAAGCAUUGAAGGAGCGGUUCAAUACAGAAGGCGAUAUAGACUUCCUUGCUGGUGAUGAGUACUACGAUGUUCAUGCUGUGGCCUCCCUCUUCAAGCAAUAUCUUCGAGAACUACCGACGACGGUAUUAACCCGCGAGCUUCAUUUGGAGUUCUUGCGUGUGCUUGAACUUGAUGAGCGAGAAAAGAAGAUCGCAGCAUUUAAUUUCCUUGUACAUAGACUCCCGAAACCGAACUUGACUCUCCUACGGGCAUUGUCUCAAUUCUUGAUCGAAAUCGUCAACAAUUCCGCCGUCAACAAAAUGACAGUUCGGAAUGUGGGCAUUGUGUUCGCUCCGACAUUGAACAUUCCGGCGCCUGUUUUCUCAAUGUUCCUCACCGAUUAUGAUAGCAUAUUUGACCAGAGCCCCGAGUUUGGUGGGUCCGCUAUGGAGUCCUCCGUUGAUGAUUCCAAAGCAUCUGAUGUCCUCCGCUCGCCGCGCCGUCAAGUGUUCUCGGAUAUACCUACUCCUUCUUACAAUCAGACAACAUUCCGGCAUGAUCAACUUGAAGAUCCCAGGGGAGCUUAUGAUACUGGCUUGACAUAUGCACAGCCAAGCCAUGAGCACCGCGGCCAUAUAUCCGAGAACUACAACUACAUGCCGGCCUCGAUGAACCAGAUGUUGAAUCCUAACAUGGAAAACGCUCGCUCUGCCAAGGCAAAUAGACGGGAGAGCUCUAUGCUCUUCAUGGAAUUAGGCAACCAGAACCCCUCGAUUCCAACCUCACGCGCUGAUUAA